AUGAAGAAGAAGGAGAAAUGCAUUGAAAGUUCAUCACGUGGGCAGGGAAUGAGGCACCCAUUUUACACAGGAGUCAGAAAAAGAAAAUGGGGCAAAUGGGUGUCUGAAAUAAGAGAACCCAAAAAGAAUUCAAGGAUUUGGCUGGGUUCUUUUCCCACACCUGAAAUGGCUGCCCGUGCUCAUGAUGUGGCUGCUUUUUCUUUAAGAGGGUAUUCUGCCUCUCUCAAUUUCCCACAUCUAAUUCAGUCAUCUCCUCCUCCAUCCUCUUCUUCACCACAAGAUAUAAAGAUUGCAGCUGUGGCUGCAGCAUCUUCUAUAGGUCUCUCUUCUGCCAAGAAUUUCUCCUCAGUUUCUCACACUAGAAGGGAGAAUAGCCAGUGCAACUCCAAUACAAAGUCCUUGCCAACAUACCUGUCUACAUUUUUCAGUUUAAAUUCUAGCACAUAUUGUCAAAGUAGAGGUGUUGUUUUGGACAAAAGAAGCAACAUUGCAGUGGAUCCUGACCUGUUCUCUUCUUCAGCCUGUGCCAACCUUGAGAAAGGGAGAGAGGGUUUAGCACCAACACAGUAUUCAGGUACUGAUUUUAAUUCUGUUCUUGCAGAAGAAAAGCUUAACUAUGUGCAUUAUUCACAAGAAGAAGUAACAUUGGUGAAAGAGAUCCCUUCUUCUAAUUGUGAGCUUCAAGCAUGUACAAGUGUAGAUGUUGUGCAGGAUUAUCACACUUCUCUAUUCAACAUGGCCCAACAUCUCUCAGUUGUGGAGGAGGACUAUGAAAUGAGUAAUGAUGACUCCUAUGGUGGUGGAGAAGUAAUGCUCUGGAAUUUCUCUUGA